UUUAUAGAAAGUCAGUCCAUGGGCUUGGCUCGUGCGUCGUCCCUAUAAAAUAAAACUCCACAUUUUUCCACUAACACAACAUACAUUCAUACCUUAUUUCCUUAAUAAACCAAACGAUAUUAACUGCUCAUUGCUAGCGUUUAUUAUAUUACAACAAAGUUUUAAUGAGAAAGUCAGAUGACCUGCUUCUUGUUAUGUAAGCUCCAAACCAACAACUGAAUCAACAAGAAAAAGGAAAUGGGGCGUCGCAAAGAGUCUAUCUAGGAGAUUACAAUACUGGAAACCAUUUACAUUAUACCACAAUUUCUUUGACUGGUGCGGCCUCAAUUCAUGUUCUUGAGACACCAAAAGACUGAAAAAUGAUCAACAAUGAUACAGUUGCUCUAGUCUGGUGAUCCACAUGAAACAUACAUAAUAAUGGAAAGCAGCUCCUCAGAGAUGGGGUGGCAAGAUCUAUCCCCUGACAAAUGGACAGAAUGUCAUGUAAGCUGCUGGUUGAAAUGCAUUGGAAUAAAAGAGAAGUACAUAAAAACACUGGAGGAGGAGGAGGUGACAGGACCUGUUCUCACAAGUCUAGAGAAGGAAUACCUCAGCACUACAAUUGGAAUGAAAAGUGGCCAAAUUGAACACCUACUGAAGAAAAGAGAUGAGCUUUUGAUGUCAGAACCAAGCAAACUGAAAAAGGGAAAGGAUAUAACUUGUAAACAUAGAGAUGACAUAAAAGAAAAGGUAGGGUUAGAACAGGAACCAAACCCCCCUUCACAAAAAUCUUCUGACAAAGCAAAAACGGAGGAUAUUCCUAUUGAGUGCAAAGACAACUUAACUUCUACAGGAGUAACUUCAUCUUUCUGUGACUAUCGGUGCUUUGACCAGGAUGAAAAAAACUGCCGAUAUGUCAAACACAAUGUGUUACCUCCAGAGACAGGAAUUGAAAACAUGAUUGUUCCAUGUCAUGAAUAUAAGUCACUGGAAAAUGUGCACAGUCUAGGCUCAGAAAAACUAAAAACAAAAGUAGCAAUGGAGGUGUUGAGAUUUGCUUGUGCAUGCAUGAAUAUGCGAACCAAUGGGACAAUCCAUUUUGGGAUAAUGGAUAAAGUAAGAGGCAAACAUAAGCAUGGUGAAAUUAUAGGAGUACCUGUCAGCAGUACAGAUGACUUUGUGGAUGCACUAGACUACAUUGAAAGAUGCUUUAAAGAUUCAAAUCAACAAUGCCAUGCCAGGAGGUGCAUAAGGAACCCCCGAUUCAUUGAGGUCAUUGACAAGGAAGCAACUGAGAAAACGUGGGUCAUUGAAUAUGAUGUUGUCCCAAAAGCAAGCAUUGUGAAAGAUCAUUUUUACUCUGUUGGUAUCCCAAAAUUCUCUGAGAAGGACAAGAAAGUCAAAUAUGAAGAGAAAGUUCCUUAUCACAGAGUAGGAGCUAACACACCACGCGUACCUGAUGAUGAGCUUGUUCAUUUCAUUCAACAACUGAGAGAGAAAGACCAACAGAGAGAAGAGGCAGAAUCUUCAAACAGUCAAAUGGCUGUCAACUAUGGAGAGAAUCAAAAGCAGAAACUCUCCAACCUCUUGACAUGUGGGAAAACACAUAUGGACAACUCUCUGUUAUACAUAAUAGUGACCAACAAAUUUCAGGCUGAGCAUCUCAACAGCAUAGGUUUCUUGUUUCACAUGAAUCUAUUCUGUGUGUUUGAUUUUGAUCCUGAUUCAAAGACAUCUGGUUUUUGUAUCAAAUAUAAGGAGCAGAAGGCUGUAACCCCUCACUUUCUUGACAACUAUGCAAAUAAUGAUGGAUUGAAAACUAAAGACUUAAUUGAUUCUUUGAAGCUUUUUGAUAGAACAAGCUGGAUUUUCUGCAAUGGAAGAAAAAACUUCCCUGGUGGAGAGGAAACCUAUGAUGAAAAAAAAUGGAUCAAAAUGAGAAAGAAGAAACUGAAAACUGCAGUGUCUCUCAUCUGCAAUUGCAUCCUUCCCAGGGGUUCAUUUGUAGUCCUCUUCCUACUCAUGUCUGAUGUUGAGCAGCCACUUGUUGAGACUUUCCAUGAAUUCUAUGCAGAGAUGAAUGGACAUGAUUUUUUGGCAGUCAUAUCAGAGUCAAAGGAAAAUUACAAAAAAUGGUCAAGUCUUGCCCAGGUGUCUUGUCCCAUGUCUUCACUCAAAGACAUCAGCAUUGUUGAAAUGCCACUGACUCAUGUGGAUGCCACAGUUCAAAGCAUUCAGCUCACCAAAAAUCCACCCACAAGGACAUUGCCAGUUCUAAACGGAGGUGUAUGCUUUUUAAAGUCAGUUGAAGAGGAUAUGCUAGAUUCUUUGGAAAUCCUCAGUGUUGACCAGUGUGAAGAAACAAAAUUGGAGAUCAUGAGUGAGGAUGAAAUCAAACAAAUUGAGUUGUACUUCUAUCAAGGUGGAAAGAUAGACUGGAUAAAUCUAUGGCUUGCUGACAAACACAAGUGUGGAAAUAUCAUAGAGAGGGAUGCCUAUAAAAAAGCAAGCACAAUCCUGGACAAGAUAGCACAUCUUACCAAAGCCAUGCGUUCCAUUGAGAGUGUGAACAUAUACCAUCAUCCUGGCAGUGGUGGAAGUACAGUGGCAAGACAGAUCCUCUGGAGUUGGAGAGAAAAAGUACGAUGUGCAGUUGUUAAACAGUGUAAGGAAAUCACAACUGUGUGUGAGCAUGCAGUGAAACUGAGAGAACAUGAUGAGAAAGACAAAAACAACUGUCUACCAGUGCUCUUGCUCUUGGAGGACCACAAUGCAGAUUACAUAGAUGAUCUCAGACGGGAGCUUGGAAAUGUCAUUGCAACCAAAAAAAUAAAUCCCUCUGUACUGUGCUUUAUCCUCUUCAUCUGCAAAAGGUCAAAUGAUCCAGAAAAAAUGUGCAGAGCAUCACCAUCACAAACAGUAGCAGUCACACAUGAGCUUACAAAUGCAGAGAGGCAAUUGUUCGCAAACAAAUGUGAGGAAAUCAAACAGCAGUUUCAACUAGACUUCAUCCUCACAUUUGUGCUGAGUCAAGAGUUUAAGCCAAGUUACAUUGAGGAUUUUGUGAAAAACCUUCUAGAUAAAAUUGAUCAUUCAUCAUCUAUCACUCGCCUCAUCAGAUUUGUGGCUCUAUUGAAUAACUAUGUUCAAGGCUCAUACAUAUCUGUAUCACACUGCGAAGCAUCUCUUGGCAUAACAACCUAUGUGGAUCGAGUUCGGCACCAUGCAUUUGUUGAUAAUCUUAGUGAGGAAGCUAGGCUUAUUUUCAUCCACCUAAAAGAAGGUUCAACGCACAUCUCUUCGAUUCGCAUUAUUCAUCAACGAUUGGCAGAGGAAAUUCUGAGUCAGUUGUCAGCAAAUGUCCCUCAGAGUGAUAUAGCCCUGGAUCUCAUCAAUGACAAGUUACUUAUCAAUCAUAGGUUCAGCAGAGAGGAGUUCCUGAACUUCAUCAGAGCUCUUUUCAUCAGACGCAACAAAAUAAGCAGAGGCGAUCCUAAAGACACAGCUUUUUCACCCCUUAUUGAGCAUGUCAGCAACGAAAAAGGUGGUGUUCAGAAAGCUGUUGAUCUCAUGAAAGCUGCUCACAUAGCUUUGGGAAAAGAUGCCUACGUGGCACAACAGCUUGCCCGGCUGCUUUACACAAAUUUGAGAUUUGAAGAGGCUCUAGAGUGGGCAGAGGAAGCAAAAUCUCUCCUUCCAUAUGAUACAUUUGUCCUUGACACCUUGGGACAAGUUUACAAGAAGUGGUUUUACCACUUGUUUGACACUCUUGAGGAAAAAGAACCAUCACCUGAAAGGGCAACUGACAUUAUAAGCACUGCGCUCAAAGGAAUUUCUGCCUUUCGGGCCUCAGAGAAAACGCCAAAGAAAGAGACUGUCAGCCUUAACAGUUCAUACCAGGGGGAAGUAGACGUUGGCUGCAGGCUGCUAAAAUUCCUGUCAGGAGUAGAUGUUUUUUUAAACAAUACUGGAAAAUCAGAGUUGAUGCAGUACUUGUUAACAGAGUACAUACCAGCAGAGGUAAAACAACCCUGGCAGAGCUUUCAUCAGCAGUUGAAAGGAUUGCAAAAGAGCUUGAACCACGCACUUGAAUGCAUUUCUGAAGACCUCUGCUACUUUCAAACUGACAUUAGCGAAGAGGAUGAAGAGCUUGAUGCAAGGGAUCAUGAACAAGUACAUAAUCCUAGAGAAUGGCUGACGAGGAAGAGUGCUGCAUAUGCUAAAUUUUUUUGUGUAUUAGAUGAGAAUGACCAAGAAGCUGAAAUCAACAGUACUGACAUGGCCUGUCCAGCUGAAAAGCUUUCUCCAUUCGAAAGACAGAUGAGGACCUACAGGCUUGGUGGAGGAAAUUUUACAUCCAUCCUCUCAUUACUUUAUGACAAGAACCCACAGAGGGCAGGAAAAAAACUUGAGACAAUUAUUGGCAUGUACCCAGAAAACCUGACAAGGCACUGCUUGGACCAGACAGAACUUGCAAACUUCAUAAUUUGCCAGGUAGCUCUUAACUGUACUCUGCCUGGGUCCUCAAAGCUCCUGUCCCUUGAAAAACUUCAAGAUCUCAGCAAGAGAUUUAUUACAAAGGGUAGAAACAUGUCAACAGCAAGUGCUCUCUUCCUUCUCUCCCUUCUGUUUUGGCCUGAGACUAGCAAUGACCCCAGUUCUGCUGAUAUUCAGAUCCUUUUAUCAGCCAUUGAUGCACUCCAUAAACUCUGCUGGCAAAAAAGCCAAAGUGUUUCUCAGAGGAAAAGCAAAAUCGUGACCCACUUCUUUCUGGGGAAGGCAAAAGGUCUUAACAAGAUUGUCCACAGAACUGCUAUCGAAAAGCAGAUUAAAGGCACUCUAAGUGAAAGAAAACUAAAAUGGCUUGGAGGAGAAGUAUGGAAAACCAAGGAAGUUUUGCAGUUACUGGAACGUGUUGAAGGAUGGACAGAAAAUGGAAACUUGUUUGUGAAAGGUGGAACAAGAGAGAGCAAGAUUAGGGUCCUUCCGAGAUAUUCUGCCUCCUUGCCAAAUGGAAAUGAAAGUGUCACCUUCUACUUGGGCUUUUCAUUUGAUGGAGUGUUUGCCUCUGACAUCCAAGUAAUGGAAUAAUGUUCCCAAUGUAAAUCUGAAAAUAUCAGUCCUACGCUGAAGUGGGCAUUACAUCAUUCUGAGCUACAAAGGUUAGGCAGACCUUUCCUCUUUUGUAUAGGACACAGCAACAAACCUGAUGAAAUAAAAUUCUUGACAUGUAUUAUUUGAAAGGCUGGACUGAAGAUGGCCGAAUGGGGAGAUGUUCUUCCCUCAACAGAAAUAGCCAAGAAUCUCAGAAUGUAUUUUAAAUGGACCAUUAGACUGCUUUAAAAUGAGCUUUAUUAUAAGCACAGCUCAAGAGCACAAGAUGUGUGCUUCUAGUGGUAUGAAAACAAAGAAAGAAGCACAUUCUUUUUUUUUUUAUCAAAUUAUGAAAAUGGAAAUAUUUUUAGUAUUAAUGUAUUAUGUUUUUCUUACACAAUUUUGAACAUUACUGUUUAAGUUGAAUGUUUUUUAAAUGAUCUGAGGCGUGUACUUGAAUUGUACAAGUAAACAAAUAGUCUGCCUUAUGUUUGUGUAUAAUAAAAAGCAGACAAUUUUAUGAUAUUGCAAAUGUAAGAUAAAGGUAAUUUGAGGCAAUACAUAUGUUGUGCAGGAACUUCAGCCAUAUUAAUCUUUUUAGCAUUUAAGCAUUUUGUUUUUAUGAAUCAAUAAAUAUUUUGUAACAAUU